AGCAUUAAAGACGAGCUAUCCACGUUGUUUCUCCCCGUUCUUAUCCGCAAGUCUCGAAAAGUUUCGGGAGAGAACACAGUACUGCGUUGCAGUAUCCAAGAAGCCGAACAGGAAGGAUGGCGGUGGGAAUGGCGAUGCGGGGGAACGAGGUGUUGCGGGCGCACCUGGGGAUGGCGCUGGUUCAGGUGACCUACGGCGGAUACCACGUGCUGACCAAGUCCAUGCUCAACGUCGGCAUGAACGAGGUCGUCUUCUGCGUCUACCGCGACCUCGUCGCCAUCUCCAUCCUCGCUCCCUUCGCCUUCCUCCAACACCGCAGAAAUGUUGGCCUUCAAGUAACUCGGCGCAUCUUUGCAUCUUUUAUCCUUCUUGGUUUUACUGGGAUAUUUGCAAAUCAGCUUUUGUUUCUUCUCGGCCUAAGCUACACAAACCCAACUUAUGCAUCAGCUAUUCAGCCUGCAAUACCAGUCUUUACGUUCAUCUUGGCUGCAGUACUGGGCAUUGAGACAAUAAACUUGGUCACAAACGAAGGCCGCAUGAAAAUUCUUGGCACACUUGUUUGUGUUUCUGGUGCAAUAUUAAUGGUCUUCUAUCGAGGUCCAGCUAUAAUUGGAUCCGGAGUUUAUGAUCUAUCUGAUCAUGUUGCGGUAGGCAUGAAGCCUCAUCCUGAACCCAUUGGUUGGUUAGCAUCUGGUCUUCUUGGAGUUGGACUUGAGAAGUGGCAUCUUGGUGUUUUGUGCUUGAUAGGGAACUGUUUUUGCAUGGCUGCUUAUUUAGUUUUACAGGCCCCAGUGUUGAUAAAAUAUCCUGCCAGUUUAUCUCUGACAGCAUACUCGUACUCUUUUGGGGCUCUGAUGAUGGUAUUGACUGGAAUAUUUACCACAAGUGGCUCCAAAGAGUGGAUUUUGACCAUGCCAGAGAUAGUUUCUGUGUUAUAUGCUGGAAUUGUUGCAUCUGCUAUGAACUAUGGGAUAAUGACAUGGUCCAACAAGAUUCUAGGGCCUUCAAUGGUUUCUCUGUACAAUCCACUUCAACCAGCCAUGUCGACUUUAUUGUCGACCAUUUUCCUUGGAAGUGCGAUUUAUCUUGGAAGCAUUGUAGGAGGGAUUUUGAUCAUUGUUGGCUUAUACCUAGUCACUUGGGCUCGCCACAAGGAGGCAAGAUCAUCCACAUCGAUCCCUUACGUAGACCAUCAUGCGCCUCUUCUCGAAGAAGAUGAAUCGCUUAUGAAGAAGCAAGAGGCUUCCUCUAGCCAUUCUGAGAUUCCUUAGGCCGAGGAUUGCCUCAUGGAUCACGAUAUGUUGCACUUCUUAUCUCGCUGUAUUAUUUUUUCGUCGGAUCAUGCAGAUAACAGUCACAUCCGUAUUCAAGAUUCUUUCUGCACAAAAAAAUUCUCGCUCGAGUGGGCAAAAAGGCUGUGGCUAGUCCUCAUAUUUCCAAGACCUAUCGGUCAUGUAACCUUUUCUCAGUUAUGUUUUCAUGAGAAGGGAACUACAAUUACUGUCCUCAGAAGAAUGUUUCAGCCAGUGAAGCUGAAUGUGAUCUAUUGUGAUUGUCAUGUAUACUAUGUUUUUAUGUGGAAUAGCAUUUGAUAUA